GUGAUUCGUCAAUCAAAACACGUUAAGCUACGUCAACGUAAAUCUCGUAACUCUGCAAACUGCGGUGUGUGAAUGUAAGGCCAUGAUUCUCCGAAUCAGAGCCCCAGAUCAGUUAUCAAAAUUACCGUGCGACUUUUAGUGUGCGCCAUGACGACAGCUCGUCACAAAUUCUAGUGCGUUUUCUGAGUGAAAUCGUUUUAAAAUUGUCAUACAAUGGUGAGUUGAUCGCGGACUAAUCGUGGGGUGUUCCAUGCUGCUGUUGACAUAGAUCCAAACCUCAGGUGUGAGAUCGGACCGGGAGGAUGCUGGACGCGGUGGUGGGGUCGAGCGACUCUGUCACUCUUCACCGUCUCACGCUGCGCGGGAAGAAGUGGAAAUACCGCGGAGAGGGCAACGCCAACCUCGUCAUCGCACUACCCUCGGAUCGGCUGAUCAUCAGAAUGCGGAAACGUGAGAAGGGAGCGCCUGUGACGGCGGAAGAGGAGCUGGCCGAGCUGAAGAAAAUGUGGCGAGAAGUGGUUUUCUGCUGCAAGAUGAUGAUUCCGCUCCUGGGGCGGGCUUACAUCCAACCGCCCGUCCCUGCGUACAUGGAUAAAAGCGAGAUCAAGGAAUUGGAAGAGGCUCUCGUAUCCCAACGCCCUGCAUCAAGACACCACAAAGGAAUCAAAUUCAGUCAUGUGACAAUUUAUCCAGACUACGCCUUUCUGCCGAUUUUCCUCUCGGAACGGAACCAGGCUGUGACGUACCCUAAACUCAUAUCCGAGAAUCUCCACGACAACAUGGCCAAGCCCCGGUCGGAAUACUCCCGCAGCACAUCUUUCCAUGACCCCGUUUUCGACGAGAACAAAGAGGCCGUCAAAACCCUCCUCAAAAUCUCCUCCCUCUACACCCUCCACUUCGAUAGUCCAAAUUGUGAUAACUUAGAUUUCGUGGAAAACACGAACGAUUCUAGUCAAAUUAGUAGUAGAUCUAUCAGUAUCAAUAGUCGCGGCGGUGGCAGUAACGCUAGCAGUAUUAUUCACAACACCAUGAAGCAGGAUUACUCGUCAUCUCUGGAUUAUCCCUCACCCCUCUCAACGUUUGUGAAGCAAGGUUCGCGGAGGAUUUACUGCUCACAGUUCUCGUCCAAAAGGAGCAUGGACUUUUCGACGUACUGCGUUGAGGUGAAACCAAAGCAAGGAUGGAUUCCAAUGAUCGAUCGAAGAUUCACCAAAUGUGCCUUCUGCCUUAAUCAAUACCUCAAAGUUUUCAAUGGAUCCGUCAAAAUGCAUAGCAACUACUGUCCGUUGGAUUUGUUUUCCGGGAAUCGAUCCAGGAUGAAAUCGGCUGUGAAAGCUCUACUCAUAACCCCGCAAAAUAAUUUAAAAAUCUUCAAAGAUGGGCAGCUUAUCUACGGAGACGAAACCAAAACGGACAUCAUUGAGAUUUUGAAAUCUUGGCUCGACUCACCAGUGGACUUCAUUGAGCAGGAUGUUGAUUCUCACAGGUUGAAGGAGAAAUUCAGCUGUCUCAUCAUUGAUGCGCUGACAAGAGAUUUAACAAUGAACGAAAACUGCCCAAAAGUCAUUGAAGAUGAGGAUCCCACAGAAUCGAAAGAGAACAUUCCUGAGAGGAUCCCGCCAAACCUCAUAGCGGCAGUUAAAGAGCUGUUACCCAAAGAGGCUUGCGAUUGGUCUGCAAAAGACUUACCGUCCAACUGUAUCCUCAAGCGAAUUCUAGACGUACAAAAGCUGGAGAAGUAUGGAGCUGAUGCUAUCUACGAUAUUUACAGGCGGAGUUAUGAAAAUGAAUCAGACGAUUACGCAUACGUUCGAUCAAUUCCUGCCCCAACAGAAUCUCGGAGCAGUUCGAAAAGUUUCUCGUUUAAUCCAGUCCAGCGGUAUCUACUUGCUACAACUGCCAAGGACUGCUCAAUCCUGAUCUCUUUCCAAAGAUUGCACGAACCGUCGAAGGAAAGAAUUCCGAGUUGUCAUCUGCUGCGGGAUCUCGACAACGAGCCGCACGUGUUCAACGUUGGCGUCUCGGACCUGGACCCGAAGCCGGUCUCGUGCAUCGAGAAGCACAAAAAACGUGACUGUGAUGUAAUCUCCGCUUGCUUGAAACUCCUCAGCGUUUCAGCAAACAGCUAGGAAAUUUUGCUUGUGAUUUGUUUUUUUUCUACUCUUCUAUAUCUCCAAUUGUAUCAACCUAUUCAAGGUAUUUAUUUUCAAUCUUUGUGUCAUUGAAUCGUCGUUAUUGUAACAUUUGGCGUUCUUGGAGGUAAAUUCCAUACUUCCUCGUUUAAGGGGCAAAUUUUCAGUGACCCAGUGGAAGAUUUUUACUUAACAGUGUAAUGAUGAAAACAGGAUGGCCACGAUUAAGGACACUUGAAUCGUUAAGAAGUAAUCAGGCAAUUGUUUGCAUCUUCUUCGAGGAAAAACUCAUUGUGGUUGGACAUCGCCAAUUUUUUUUUUCAUACAUUACAUGACAGUAGGUAAUAAUUUUUCCUGCUUCUUCUUUACAUCCUGGUCCAGGAGAUGGGUUAGGUACAGCUUAGUAUGCAGUGUAGCAAGCAGUCUACCUGUUGGGUUUGACUGAAUGAGUAGGGCGGCUGAUGAGGCAUAAAAUAAACCUAUAUCAUGAUUAAAUAAUCUGUCACCAUACUAUUCAUGAGAUUCCUUACCUUGGCCCUAUUCCUCACCAAAUGUUGAAAAUUUUCCAACAAUCGGUGGUGAAAAAUGAAAAUCCGUUUGUUUUCCAUAUUUUUGUGGUCAUCCUAGACGAAACCAUCCAAAUCAAAAAACUUUAUGGUGUCAAAUUUUUCUGCUGCGUUGAUACUUUCAAAGUCUUUCCACUUAGUCAUAUUUUUACGGAUCAUUCCAUUCAUAUUUCUUUAUUUUUUAUGUACUAAUUUUUAUUUUAUUUUAUUUUUUGUUAUUUUGUGGGAACUGAGAAGUUCUCACUGCAAAGUAAUCUCAUACAAGAAUCUUAACCAAUUUUUAAAUCGUUAAGUUUAAUUUAUGAAUCAGUUAUAGUUCUAAGGAGAGGAAUAUGUACUGAAAAGUUUGCCGUUUCAGAGAUUUUUCAAAGUAUCUGCCGUGCGUUUGGUUUUCAUUUUUCAGUCUGCUUCAAGUCUGAGAAGUAUUGCGAUUCAAGCUGUUUUAGGCAAAACUUUGGAAUGUUCUAUUAAAUGUCUCAGUGAAUGACUUAAAGUCCCAUGGGUAAUCUGAAGUGUGUCUUGCGUUAUUUGUGACCUACAUGGUAAAAAUAUAAUUAAGAUCAUAGAUUGUUCUGUUUCCGUGCCCAUGGAUUGGAAAAUCCAUUCUAAAUAGUAUAUGUAGAAGAGAUUACAAUUUUGACAUCUUUAGCACACUUUUGGCAUCUUUGGCUUGAUUUGUCACAAUGAUCUUCUUAAUAUUUGGUACAAAUCCAAAGCCUCAUUCUACUGCCACCCAAGUAGUUUCUUUUUUUCCCCUUUUUCUUAUUUGAACUACUUUAUUGUAAAGAAUAUACAUUUUCACAGAAGGGGAAACCGUGCGUUGCACAUUACACCUCCCUUAAAAGUACUUAUGUAUGGACUAAUUACAAUUUGGUCGUAGAGUUUGUGUCUGAAUUAAAAGUUAACAAAGAAAAAUGAAAA